UCCCUGUAGAUUUUUAGGUCAAGGGAUUUUAUUCCGCAAGUUGUAAUAAUUUAAUUGUUUAUGUAGGAGGUUAUAAUGCUGACCAGUUCUUCAAUUCAGUGGAGUGUUAUAACCCCAAUUUGGGUUUAUGGUGCCUAGCUGCAGAAAUGACUGAACUUCGUGCAGGAGCUGGUGUAACAGUGUUAAAUAAUGUAAUAAUGUAUGCUGUAGGUGGCUUUAAUAGUACAAUUACACAUAAUAGUGUUGAGGCGUAUACAUCUAGUACACUACAAUGGACAAGUGCUGCACCUAUGAACUACACUCGGAAAAUUGCAGAUAUAGUUGCAUUUAAUGGCUUGCUAAAUGAUAGUUAUAAAGAUUUGAAAUCCAUGGAACAAUACAACCCUGACACAAAUACCUGGUCUGUGGACAGAAUCAGAGCUGGAUUAUACACAAUCCAUACUAGGUAUAGUAGUAACUAG